CCUGGAUCUGUUCAGAUGCGACAGCGCAUGGAAAACAGUUCCUGGAUGAACAUCACGGCCGGUGUAGGCACAGAACUAAUAAUGCGGCAUCCUUGAUAUGACGAUAUUCCCAAUUCCUUUCGCUCAACGAUGGAUGAUCUUUCUGGUCUUGAUUGGUCUUCAGCCAACUCUGGCAAAGGCAACAAUAAACCUUCUAUGAACCCGAAGCCAAACCCUAUGAACCCACCUUCUUUCUACCCGAGCCUUCGUCCGACCCCAUCUCCUCAGCCUUCCGGCCGAUCUACGCCCCUCUCCGCUCAAGCCUCCGGCCUUACUACAUCUAAGCCGACUACCUCUAAACCAGCCGCCGACAGCUUCAGUAACCUCGUAAGCUUUAGUGGCGCCAAAGGCAAUACCAAUUUAAGCCUCCGAGAACGGCAAGAACAACUCGAGAAUCAGAAGCGUCAAAAGGAAGAAGAAGAAAGACGAAAGCUACAAUCACAAUAUGGAGCUGGUCAAUUCUGGGAUAAUAUAGGACAGGGCUCUACGCCUGCAUCUCGAACUAUCUCUCCGGCCGCCCAUUCGAUUGGUAGUGGGAUAGGUUCCCAGAAUGGACAUAAGAAGAACGAUGAUGAUGACCUCUUUGCUGCGUUCAACAGAGAUACCCAAGUUGACAAUGCCAGUCACUUUCCCCCGCCGGCCCAAGAGCAGUCUAGGAAAAAUACUCCAGCGAAUGGACCUCAACUUGAUCUAACUUCUGCAAGUGCAUGGAAUAAAUCUACUGCUUCAAAUGGUAAUGAGUUCGGGGAUGACGACGAUCCGUUCGGUUUGAAUAGAAUGAAGGGUCAAUCGCAGAAGCAGCCAUCUAAUGAUACGGAAGAUGACGACUUUCUAGGGGACCUCGGGAAACCAGUCGACGAAGUACGACGGAAAACUCAAGCAGCUCAGGCGGCUCAGGCAAAACCGGAACCGGGAAGACCCAUUGAGGAUUCCGACUCGGAAUCGGAACCCGAAGCUCCCCCAAGAGGGGAUAGCUCGGAUCCAUUUGACCAAGCCGUAGCUGAACUAGUUGACAUGGGAUUCACGGCUGAGAAUGCCAGGCGGGGUCUAACAGAAAGCGGCGGAGGCUUGAACAUUCAAGCGGCGGUCGGUUGGCUCUUAGAUGAUGCGCAUAGACAGGCUCGUAAUAAGCAAACUCCCUCAGACUCGACCACUGAACGACCGAGGAGGGAUGAUAACCGUUCUAGGAACCGUGGCAACCCUGCAUGGAUGAGUGAGGACCAGCAAGAUGAUAUUCCUUCGCGAAAAGAAAACCGGUCACCGGUUUCCGGAGACGACUUUUCAAAAAAGGCAGCAGCGAUGAGCUCGAGCUUCUUCAAGACGGCUAAUUCUCUUUGGAAGAGUGGACAGAAACAGGUCCAAAAAGCAGUCGCUGAUUUCCAAGAAACCGGUGAUCCUAGCCAACCAAAAUGGAUGCGAUCCGCUCAACUAGAGAGGUCACAUUCAGGAGGGAAUAUGUCUCAGGCCGCCACCGACGAGGCUAUGAUGUUAGAGUCUGGUGGAUCGCCAGAUAAACAGCCAUCUCGGCCUGCCCAAAGGCGAACUAACGAAGUUCGAGAUCGAUCUCCGGCCAUACCAAGCCGACCAUCCCCUCAUUCCUCAGGAGCACCCAAAUGGCAGCAAGCAGCACAACCAAACACGCGGGAUCCCCGAGCGCGGUUAAACAAGCAAGCUAUCGAAGACCAGAGUGCACAGGCUUACGUUAGUCCCGCGAGGAGGAAAAAGACAACACCUCAACCAGUAUCUCGACCGGAACCCGAACAGAACCUCCUUUUCGACCAGUCUACUUCAUCCGGACCUCAACGUCCUACCCGGUCACCAGCCCCCGUGACCAAGCCACCUACGCAAGCACCUUCAAAACCGAUUACACCUCGACCAUCCGCACCUACCAGAAAGGUACCUACUAUCCCUUCAUCGGUAUUAGAUGCCUCUACACGAUAUCGCCUUGAAGGAACUGCACAUUUCAAACGAGGAGAUUAUGAUGCCGCGCACACUAGUUACACUAACUCUCUAGCUGGCAUACCACAAUCGCAUCCUAUUUGCAUUAUUCUUCUCACUAACCGCGCGCUUACUGCACUAAAGACCGGCAGCCCCAAGCAGGCCGUCGGCGACGCAGAUGCCGCCAUUGGUAUCAUAGGACCUUCCCACGGUGAAGGCGAGAAAGUCGCGUUGCCCGACGGCGAGUCCCGCGAUAUGAAGGAUCUAUAUGGUAAGGCGCUCAGUCGGAAAGCGGAGGCGCUUGAACAGAUGGAGAAAUGGGCGGACGCCGGAAACGUUUGGCAGCAAUGUGUGGAAGCGAGUGUUGGUGGUGCCAAUGCUAUCGCCGGCCGGCAGCGGUGUCAAAAAGCACUUGCUCCUAAACCUAAACCUGUCCCGAAGCCAGCACAGGUCGUCAAACCUCGCCCAAAGCCAUCUGCUAUAUCAGAUCUCACUCCACAGAAAAGCUCGGAGGCAGUACAACGCCUUCGAGAAGCCAACAAGGCGGCCGAAGCAGCCGAUGACGAGAAGUUUGCUCUCAGCGAGAAGGUUGACGCAAGAAUCGCGGCUUGGCGAGACGGCAAGAGGGACAAUCUACGGGCUCUUCUUGGGAGUCUCGAUACGGUGCUAUGGGAAGGCAGCGGAUGGAAGAAAAUUGGCUUGCACGAAUUGGUAAUUGCAAACAAGGUCAAGAUACACUACAUGAAAGCCAUUGCAAAGUGUCAUCCUGACAAGAUACCGCAAGACGCGAGCACGGAGGUAAGACUUAUUGCCGGCACAGUCUUUGCCACUCUCAACGAGAGUUGGGAUAAGUUCAAAGCCGAGAACGGGUUGUAAAUACAGACAAUGCCUUGAAUGCCAUAGAUCAAGGUGAUAUAUCAAAUUUCAAAAGAGCGGUUAUAGAAAUAAGAAGACGAAUUUAGGGUGCGGCGCAGCAUCGACCAAUACUAAUUCGGAAUUCCGUGAAUAUUGAAGCCAUGGCGCGGCGAGUAUAAGGAUUCCCAGGGAUUAGACACGGUCAAACCAACAGUGGCGAUUCGCCUUGGUUUUGAAUAGCAUCAGUCCAUCCUAUUGUUACCCCGGAUUCCCUAAUUCUGGGGUUCGUCGCAUGGUGCCGUUCCUCCCGUACUACCCCGGAUGCCCGGACCAGAUUGAUGGAUGUUGUUGAAGAAUUCGGACGUUGUGUAAGUACACUAUAUCACACAAGUUUCAAAGAUCGGGAGAAGUUCCGAUCUCGUUACCCCUUUGAAGAUAUGAUUUGUAAUAAUGAACGCGACGACGAGAUAACUUCGAGUUUUUAAGCAGUUGUC